CGAGAUCCAUGGCGGAGGCUGAGGAGCCCCCGACUGGAUCUAUGGCGGGGGACGAGGUAGCUCCAACGAGGUACAUGGCGCGGGUGGAGGCAGCUGCGAUUCCGACGAGGUCCACGUCGGAGGGCGAGGAGGCCGCGACUGGAUCUAUGGCGGGGGGCGAGUUGGCUGCAGCAGGAUCCAUGUUGGAGGAGGGGAAGGUCCGACGGGAUCCAUGGCCGGGGGUGGUGGAGCUGGCUGCGACGGUAUCUACGACAGAGGGCGAGGGUGUCCCGACGGGAUCCAUUUUCGCUGUCCGGCGGCAGCAACAUGUGGUGAAGCAGGCGGGUCUGGAGUUCCACUGCGUGAAGGUUGUGUCCCGCCAUCUGGUGGCACUGUCGAUCCGGGCAUCAUUUCCUCUCCUAUGGUUAAGUUGAUUGAAACUUUUGCUGUUUUUUGCAAGUCUCAGAGAGCUGCUUAUAGGGAGAAGGUGUUAAUUGAAGCAGAGAAACAAUUUCUGCAUGAUUUCACUUUUUUCAAGGAAAAGUUAUUAGUUGAUUUUGGCCAAAUAGUGGAUGUCGAAUGCAUUGAUAGUACUUGCCAAGUUCUGUGUGACAAGGUCAGGGGUUGUUGUUCAAUUUGCAAGUCAAGGUGUACUGAAGCUAUCAUCGAUUCUCUAAAAAAUUUGGCUGAAGCAAUGACUAUUAAGCAUCAGAAGUUUUUGAAUUCCAACAACCUUCUGGCGAAAGAUAUGGAUAUUAAGUCAGAUGAGAAAGCUACCAAAAUUGAUACUAAUGUGCAGCCAGUUGAUGUUAAGUCGAAUGAGAAAGGGGCUGGUGUGGGCAUUGUUGAGGCUUCUCAUGGAAAAGCUCAUGUGGUUAUUACAAAUCCCCUGAUAACAGUGCCCAUACAGUUGGAGAUACAAAUCGUUAAUAGGCUGGAUGGAAAUAAUGGAACAUCUUUGAAUCCACCAGUGGAUGAUGAAAGUGAUCACAAUGGAAGGGGCAGAAAUACUGCAGCUGCUAUAUGUCCACACGAGCCAGCUGGUGUUCCAAUUGGGCUAGGCCAACUUGCUCCUCCUAUAGCCACCCAUGUUGUUUAUGGUGCAACAUCAGCAGCGGCAACAGGUUGUGUUAACAAUGAUGUAUAUAGUGGUGUUGCUUCUGUGGUGUUGUCUCAGAAUCCAAUGGCACAUGCUGCUGGUGCAUUUUUAGCAGGGAAUGAUAAUAUAUAUGAGCCUACACUAGCAUUGAAUUAUUCAAAGUUAAACUCAACUGAAAGACAUAGGAACUCCGGAGGAAUAAGUGGCAAAAAGGAAGAAGUUAUUGUCAUUGCUGAUGAUGUAGGGGCUGAUCAGGAGGUUCAAACUGCUGCUGUUAAUAUGGUUGGCGCUAAUUUACAUGGUAGUAGUAGAUCCAAAUCAGCAGCUGCAGUUGAUCAGAUGUACAAUGAUAUGAACAUAUUCAACGUAGAGUCAGAAGCUGGGGGAUUCUUUUUGGGAAAUCAACUAGAAGUUGGAAAUGUAGUCAGGAAUGAUGUUGGUGAAAAUUGGUUACAAGUUCAAAAUGCUCACACCCGUUUUCCAUGUUCUAAUGUGCUAUUGCGAUAUUAUAAUAUUCUUUGUGGCAUGGGGCGGAGCCAAUGGAAAGAUUUGGUCGCAGUUCGGUUUUCCAAAACCACCACUGUAAAUUGGGAAUCUUUUGGAUUGUCAAUAGAACCCAAUGGUCACUGUGACAACUUUUUUAUUGCUGGAUUUUGCCGGAAACAUUUUGAAGAUAUUCAUCCUAGGUUGUCAAAGAAACAUUUCUUUUAUCCAAAAGUGGGGCAUUCGAUGAUGGAAUACAAUAGCCAAUAUGAAGUUGAAGAUCUAAGGAAAUCGUUUCUAGGGGCUAAUUCUGCUUUGAAGUUGCAUCGCUCUAACAAGCUGUAUUUUCCAGUGUGCCAUGCGAACCAUUGGUUUUUGUUCAUUGUUGAUUUGAAGAAUAAGCGUUUUGUUUUUAUGGAUUCAUAUUUUGAUGAGGAAGAUCCUUUUCAAUGCUUUGUUAGAGACAAGCUUAUUCGGGUGUUUAAAGUCCUAUGGUUAUUAUAUUCUGAUUCAAACAUAGAUGUAUUAUCAUUCAAAAUUUUAUAUCCCGCGGUACCAAAACAAGAAAAUACGCAUGACUGCGGUAUUUUCACACUUCAAUACAUGGAAUAUUGGGAUAUAUCUGUUGAUAUGAUGCUCAAGUUCCGCACUGAGGACAUCCCUCAAAUUCGAAUCACCUUGGCCAACGAUCUCUAUUUUAGUGAGAAGAACGCUAAAGACAAGUCUCUAGUUCGCAACAUGUUUCUUCAGAAUAUUGAUCCUCGAAUUGUCAACUAG